CGUGGAAGAAAGAAAAAAAACUACAAGUCCCAGAAUCCUCCAGCGCCUGCCUCCCUACACCUGCCGGAGGGGAGUCCCGCCUGUUCGUGGCGGAGAGCGAGGAGGAAGAGGGGGAGGAGGAGGAGGAGGAGGAGGGACGGAGAUGAGGAUGGAGCGAGGCGAGGCGGCGCCGGCGGCCCCGAAGGCUGCUGCUCCUGCUCCUGCUCCUCCUGCUGCGGCUCCUUCUUAUGGCUGGGAAGGCAGCCCGCCGGGGCCCGGCCCCCGAGGCAAGUGGGUCCGGCUCAACGUCGGCGGCACGGUCUUCUUGACCACCCGGCAGACCCUGUGCCGCGAGCAGAAGUCCUUCCUUUGUCGCCUCUGCCAAGGCGAGGAGCUGCAGUCGGAUCGGGAUGAAACGGGUGCAUAUCUCAUUGAUAGGGAUCCCACUUAUUUUGGACCCAUUUUGAAUUUCCUCCGACACGGGAAAUUAGUGUUGGAUAAAGAUAUGGCUGAGGAAGGGGUUCUGGAGGAAGCUGAAUUCUACAACAUUGGAUCGCUAAUCAGGCUGAUAAAGGAUAGACUAGAGGAGAAGGACUAUACAAUAACACAGGUGCCUCCAAAGCAUGUAUACAGAGUGCUACAGUGUCAGGAAGAGGAGCUCACUCAAAUGGUAUCCACAAUGUCUGAUGGAUGGCGAUUUGAACAGCUAGUGAAUAUUGGAUCAUCCUAUAAUUACGGGAAUGAGGAUCAGUCAGAGUUUCUGUGUGUAGUCUCUAAGGAACUCUGUAGUUCACCCAGUGGCCUGUGCUCAGAACCAAGCCGGAAAGUCAAGAGCACAGAGGAUGAUCUGGAGCAAGAAGAGCAGAACGACCAGGAGCAGCAGCUGCAGGGAGCAGAGCAGGAGGAGGCAGAGGAGUCAGCUGAAGCAGAGGAGGGAAAAGGUGCAGCAAACCUCUAAGGGGAACACUUGACAAAAAUACACCCACGUCUAAAGCCAUCUAGGGCAUCUCCCUUCUGGAGGAAAGCUGCUAGUGAUGGAGAACGGAUGGCAGAUAGAACACCAGUGGAAGAGGAAAGCAACACUUGGUGGCUAAAGGAUGAUAGGAAGCUGGGGAAGGAAGAGGGAGGGUGGCUUUUUUUUUGGACAAUUGCAGAAUGUAGAUGUAAAUCAGUUUUUAAAAUGUUGAAUAUUACAACAAGUUCAUCUACCCAGGGUUUAGCCAUUGCCUCCCUAUCCCCUCCUUCCCUUUCGAUCCAUUCACAUCACUUCUGUUAUUUCCGUUCUGCAUAUUUCCCUAUCUUGGUGAUAUUUAUUUCCUUGCAUGUCACUUUUCUGUGACUUUCAUCUUCUCUUGACCUCCUACAGCUUGUCUUCUAUCCCUGUCCCUGACCUGUUUAAGUGACUCUCAACACCUGGUUCUUCUGGGGCUCUUUUGGUGGAUCCUAGCAGAAUUUGAAGGGGGUACAUUUUUUAGACUACAGCUCUCAGAGCUCUUCAACCAGCACAGCCCCUGGCCAUUAUUGCUGGGGAAGUUUGGGAGAUAUAGCCAAAAGGUCCUUAUCCCAAGCCCUGGAUUAUAGAAUCUGUUUGAGCUCAAUGCAUGUUCUGAAUUUUUCUUCCAUAGUGGUUCCUAUAUUUCUGAGAUAGAAAACUCUAGAGCAGUGCAUUUUGAAAGUAGGUGUAUAGAGGUCAGUAAAAGUACAUAGAGAGAAGAUAUAUACCUGCCUUUUCCUACCAUAUGGUAGGGAUUCUGCAUCCCUUCAGUUGACACUGGACUACAAUUCCCCAGCAUUUGUCUUCAUUGACUAAGCUGGCAAGGGCUGAUGGGAGUUUCAGUUGAAGAGAUGCACAGUUUCUAUCCCUUUUCUUGUGAGUCGGGUCAUUGACCUCCUUGGCUUUGCACCAGCUUGAUAGGCAGCAGCAGCUCUCUGGGAUCUAAAAAUUCAUGUUUCUCCCCAUUUCUGUUUCUUGUUCUUAACUAUUGGGAGAAGUUGGCAAUUGAGCCUGGCAUGUUCUGCAUGCAAAGCAUGUGCUCUCUGGUUCAGCUGUUAUAGCCCUGCCUUAAACCCAGCAGAUAGUUUCUGAUAUGAUCUAAAAAAUGAAUGUUCUGUAAUGUAAACUUCUGUAGAUCUCAGCUUGCAAUGAGGUAUACAAGUUUGCAUUUAGCUUAACAAGUCUGCCGUUUAGAAUGGUUGCUCAAGGUACACAAGGUGGUCUGGGGAAAUGGCACAGUAAGAGGAUGGAUAUCCGGAGAUAAGAGAUGGAACAGAGCAUAGUACAGUGAACCCGCUAUAUCCACGGAUUCUGCAUCCAUGGAUGAACCUAUUCACAACUUGAAAAUAUUUUUUUAAAAAUCCAAAAAGCAAAAUCUGAUUUUGUCAUUUGAUGUAAGGGGCACCAUUUUACUACACCCUUGUAUUGCAUGGGAUUUGAGCAUCCAUGUAUUUGGUAUCCACAAGGAUCCUGGGACAAACCCCAAAAUAUCUGAACCGAGUCCCUCCUCCCACGUUACUUUGGUUUUUCAUCUUCAGCAGGCAUUGCUUAUCACCAUCAAUCCUUCUCCCUCCCCUGCCUUGAGGAUUAGAAACUUAAAGCUGGAGUAUUCAAAAUGCCUGUUUUUGUGCCAGAGUCCAGUGCUUGGCUGAAAUCCAAUCUAGAGUUAGGUGUUCUUAAAACCAUUGAUCAAAACAGAAAGUGUAGCGGUUGCUGUCAGUUUCUCCUAAUGAAAUCUCUCCCUGGAAGGGACUGGGGAAAAUGAGGCACAGUUCCUGUAUCUUUUAAGAAAAUGCCAAUAUCUGCCUUGAUUUCUAUGUAUAACAACAUUAUUUCAUGGGAACAGACACUGUCAUUCUACAUCAGACUUUGGAAAUAUUACUUUUUUAAUCUGUGGCUCCCAGAAACGAUGGGCUGUGCAAUGUGGGGAUUCUGGGAGUGGUGGUCCAUAAAGUAGCUUUUCCAAGAGUUUCUCAUCCUUAGAAGCAGAUUGGCCUCUAGAGCUAGAACUCAGGAAAUAAAAGGGCUUUGUUUUCUGUUAUGACAUUUUUGAGACACUGUUGAGGCUGUGUUUAAAUCACUGUGUUGGUUUCUGCAGAAAAUGAUUUGAGAAUUAGGUCCAGGACAAGGCAGUGGGGAUUUUGGUUCUCCUUAUACAUUGAAGUCCAAGUCCAAGAAUGCCUUGCAGUUGGGAAUUCUGUUUGCUGACAUGCCAAACAAGGAGAAUCAGAGUUUCCCCACUUCUUUUCUAGGAUGAGCUGAGCAACUUGUUUCCAUCCAGAGGAUAUUGGAUUCCAAGUCCUAUUAACUCUAGUUAGCUGAUGGGAACUGUGGCUCUCUUGAUUUUGAUGGAUUACAUAUUUUCCAGCUGUCUCUUAUUCAGACUAGUUUUGGGCUAAAUAUUACAUAGCUCUGUAGACUACCAGUGCAUUGUACCUGCAUGAUUUUUCCUUUCAUUCUGGCUGUUUUUCCAUCUACCACAUUUUGCAUUCUCCUAAUUUGUAUAUUCCUUAUUUGGUCUCCAUCCUUUUCAUUCAGUCCUGCCAGUUUUUAAGCUGUCACAAACCAGAUGUCUCAGGAUAUUAUGCUGAUAAUGAUCAAUGUCUUUUUUUUAAUGUUAACUUUUAAAUCUUUAUUUUUGUACUGUACUUUGUAAGAAUAAAACACAACCUGGGUGGACAGUUGA